AGGCCCUGUUCGGCAGGGGAGUAUUUUUGUGUUUUGGGGUGUCUUACCCGGCCCAAUUUCAAUCCACUGGAAACCCCGUCCGGGCUGUUCGGUAGGCCGGUUUCGGACGGUUUUGGCCCGUUUGACCCGCCAGAAACACCUCGGGCCACGUCGGGUUGGAGGGGAUUAGAAACGCUCGCCCUCACUCGCGUUUCUCGAACGAGCGAGCGAACGCCCGCACCUCCCCUCGCGCCGCCUCCUGCACCUCCCCUCGCGCCGCCGCCUCUCCCCGCGCCGUCUCUUCUUCUCGCGUCGUCUCCGGCCAACAUCGCUCCGUCGCCGUCCAAGAUCGCUCCAUCGCCGCCCAAGAUCGCUCCGUCGCCGCCCAAGAUCGCUGCCCAAGAUCACCGGCCAAGAUCGCUCCGUAUCCGCCCAAGAUCGCUCUGUCGUCCAUCUUCUCCGGCCGAGCUGGAGUUUUAUCCUGAACCUGCAACUUUUGUUCUAGUUGGAGUGGACGAACCGCCGCCAUCUUGGGACCCGGUCAGCACACCUGAUUUUGAUAUGCCUCCAAAAGGAAAUGGCGCUCCAAAAGGGAAUGGUGCUCCAAAAAGACAUGGCUCGCCACUCUAUCCCGCGGGAUCUCCAAAGUACAAUUUGAGUAAGGCGAAAAAACUAUCUCCAAAAGCUGAUAAGCGAAGGGCGUCAUGGAAUCGUGGACUUGAGAAGGCUCUUGUGGAGCUACUCCAAGAGCACAACAAUCCAUACCACAGAGGCCAGAAUGGUUGGAGCAGCGAAACAUGGAAUAUGAUGGUUAAAUGCUUCAACUCCCGGCACAAACACGUGCAGUUCACAAAGUCUCAGAUCCAAGACAAAGAAAAGGAUCUCAAGAGAGACUAUAGGAUGUUGAGGGAUGCAAGGAAGCAGAGUGGCGUCGGGUGGGACGAGGAGAGAUGCAUGAUACAAGCAGAGCCACACCUUUGGGAUAACUUAGAAAUUUCUUUCGGCAAAAGAAUCAAGAAGUUCAGGAAAAAUGGAUAUUUCCCUCUCUAUGAUUUGCUUGGAUCACUGUAUGAAAGUCAAAUUGCAGAGGGGAACCUCAACUUCACAUCUAUGGCUGAGCCAUCAGAGAGAGAUGAGGAAAUCACAACUAUAGAAAGUGAUGGUGAGCAUGAUGAUGGAAGAGAGUCGGAGAAGGUGGUGCCUGUAGAUGAGGAUUUCCAAGUGACUUCUGAAAGAGACGAAUCCACAAGUGCUGUUGGUGUUGCAAAAGAGAAGCUGAAGAUUUAUAAGAAGCCCAAGCGAAGUCCUAAGAAGCCCAAUCAGAGUAGUGGAGAUGCUCUAGUGGGAGUGAUGAAGAGAUUUGUUGAUAUCAAAGAAAAAGAAAGCAACAAGGAUGAUACAGUGGAUUUCUCAAUUACCAGAUGCAUGGCAGAGUUGAGAAACUUGGAAGGGGUCACAGGGGAUUUGAAAGUCAAAUGCUAUGAUAUCUUCAGAUGUCCAAAAAGUUGUGAGAUUUUCAUCAAUGCUGUUGCAGAGAAAGAUGGAAGUGCUCUGGCUUGGCUUAAAAGUCAGAUAGGAGGUUGAGGCCGCUGGCACGGUAUGGUACAAGACCAUGAUCUCAGGCAGGCAGUAACUACAAUGAAUUUGAUGUCUUCUCAAAAGUGUGUCGGUGUGUCGGAGUAGUUAGCUAAAUUAUGUUUGCACUUCAUGUUCAAUGUUGAGGGUUGUGGCAGAAUUAUUGUAGUCUGGUUUAGACCGAUACGACUUGCCUUAUAAGUUAUUGUAAUGCAUCAGUAAUCCUCCAGUACUUAUUGCAUCAACAAAUUUUAGGAUAUUUGCACUCUGGUUUUAGAGUUAUUUCAUGUUAUUCUAAUGCAUGAGCUACUGUGUUAUUGUAAUAGAAAAGGCACUGAAAAUCUGGUAUAAAAAUUGGAGUUUUAUUGGCACAAAA